AUGAAUCACACCGACAGCCAGAUGGUGUCUCUUAUUCGCUCCUUGAUCUGCACGGCGGCCUUCAGCUUAGGUCUUGCCUUCGCAGCUCCAAUGGAACAUGGGGAUGGCAACCGGGACUGGAGCCACUACUUCCAAGGAGGCCUUUCAGAUGCAAUGUUUGACUGGCCAGCAGAAAGCAGCACAAGCGAUAUGGGAGAUUUCUGGACGAGUGAUGCCCCUGCUUCUAGCUUUGUGUCCCCGCACCAAGAGUCUUUCGACCGGGCACCUGCCUUGCCCUUGCCAAUGGACCAAAGCAAAGCAGAUCCUUAUCAUUCACGGGGGCAUACUCCGGCUGAUGUGGGGCCAAUCGAAACAACAGCGGAUAAUCCGUCUCCGCAGGAACAGGCUACGACAACGAUGGCCCCUGAGAGCGAUGACUCAAGAUCCAUGGAGAUAAAGCGUCCUUUGCCGAUGCCAGAAACCGAGGGCUCGCGGUUCAAGAAACGGGAGCGAGACGAGCUUCGCGCUUUCAAAACGAGAACUGAAACGCUGCGCUCCAAAGUGGAUUCGCCCAUGCCCGCAGUCUUCUCGGAGCUCAAACGUUUUCGCCCUCUAAUCCAGGACGGCAUAGGCGGCAAGAUAGUGUUCAAAGAGCACGAGGACGUCCAUGCACACAUCAAUUCCUUCUUCGCCAACAAAGUUAAUUGGGUAGGCCUCGACAAGAUCCCGAUCAUGCUACCCUCUAAUUGGAGAGCACGAAGUCCUAUCAAGCACACAAGCUUUCGACUCCCUCCAGCUAUCACUGCGGCCAUACGAGGGGAACGCCUCGAAGUCUAUGUGACUGAGCACAACUUGGUAAGAACUUCGAAAUUUCAGAAUCUGAAGAACAGUCCUCUUCAAGACAAGGUUCAUCUUAUGUUUUGGGGGCUGCGGAAGGAUUUGAAAGAUGUAGAUGCCGUCACCUUUCUCGGUUCCGGCUAUAUCAACAAGGAGGACAACGGGGCUGUGACCGAGAGCCUCCGUCGCGCGCUUGAGGCGGCAAAAAUGCGUAUCUAG